AUGUUAGACAGUGAUCACGUACUCUGGCUCAAGCCGGGUAGGGCUUCCACCCGAAUUCUUCUGAAGUUGCUAUACUCGAGUGGUCAGCUGCCUGCCAGUGCGAAACCAUACAAAGUUGUGAUUUUGAAGGAAUGCGCUGAAGAUGAACAUCGAGAUCUGAACUACGAUCUUUUUCAAGUAGCCAUUUUGACAGAACGUGAAACACGUCGGAUCAAAACAUGCUACGAGCGACUUGUCCCGACACUACGUCUUGCAAUUCUGCAUCAUCCGAUAGAUGAGAAAAAAGAAGGACUGAAACACAAAUUGCGGAACUAUUGCGAAGAGUUUAUCGAAUUGGUCGAUCAUCGUAUUGCACCACAUUUCUGGGUCGCUGCCCCCAUCAAAGGUCAUUUUCUUCGAUUGAAGGCAGACUAUUUGCGCUAUCUGUUUGAGAUUCAUCCGAAAUGCGGUGCCUAUCAGGUUCGUGCGCACAACGCAUACACAGAGGCGAAAGCGUUUUUCACGCACAGUCACAUGACCAAAACUGUGGAAUGGUUUCGCCUGCGACUUAAUUAUGCCGCCUUACUCUAUCUCGAUGGAUUUCCCACAGCGGCCAUGUUUAUUUGUCAACAAUUAUUGAAAUCGAACAAGAAUAAACUGAUGGACCAGACAAUGGAACAACGAAUUCGUCGAAAUGUGGAAUUCUUUAAACGUGCUUGUUUGGGUUGA